AUGGCGUUAGUGAGGGAGCACGCGGCGUACGGAGGCUUCGACAGCGCCGAGGCGGCGGCCUUCGACGGGCUCGGCUCCGGCCACGACGCGUUGCUGGGCCUUGACGCGGCGGCGCUGUUCGCGGGAGGGAGAUUCGCCGGCGCAGCGGCCUAUGUGGCGGGCGGCGGGAUGAACACCUGGGCGUGUUCCGGUUCGGCGUCCGUGCUGGCGUUCGACCGCGCCACGGCGGCUGUGGGGGACGAGGAGUGCGACGCGUGGAUCGACGCUAUGGACCAGAGUGACGGCGCUGCCGCGGCGCCAGAGCCGCGCCACGCGCCGGCGGCGUCGGUGGGCUUCGACGCGGCCACGGGGUGCUUCACCCUGACGGAGCGAGCGUCGUCGUCGGGCGGCGUGGGGCGCCCGUUCGGCCUGCUGUUCCCGAGCACGUCGUCGUCGAGCAGCUCGCCAGAGCGCGCGGCGCCGGCGCGCGCCUCGCAGAAGCGGGCCUACGAUGCGGUACCGCAGGCCGUCAGUGCCAAGAAGCCGUGCGGCGCGAGCAGGAAGACGAGCAAGGCCAAGUCGGCGCCCACCGUCCCGACCAAGGACCCGCAGAGCCUCGCGGCCAAGAAUCGGCGGGAGCGGAUCAGCGAGCGGCUUCGGACGCUGCAGGAGCUGGUGCCCAACGGCACCAAGGUCGACCUGGUCACCAUGCUCGAGAAGGCCAUCAGCUACGUCAAGUUCCUCCAGUUGCAAGUCAAGGUUCUCGCAACAGACGAGUUCUGGCCGGCGCAGGGAGGAAAGCCGCCGGAGAUCUCCCAGGUGAGGGAGGCGCUCGACGCCAUCUUGUCGUCGGCGUCCCAGCAGAGGGGGCAGCUGAAUUAGCUUGACGAGAAUAAAGAGAUAGUUCUAGAUCAAACGCACAAUGAUAUGAUAGAAGUUACUAGUAAUAACGAACCACCUCGUUCGGAGAUAAAUAAGGAGGCAAAUGCAUAAUUAAGUACUACUGUAGCUUUGAUCUUGUUUUAUUUAGUUUCCCAACAACUGAUCAUGUAGA